UCUACUGGUCACAAAGCUGACAGAGAUUGCAGUGCAGGUCUCCUGCUGCUCACUCUGACAUCCUGAAACGCCAUCUGCAAUUUAAAACUGCAAAAGGAAUUCUGACUCCAACGAGUUAGCAUGAAGCUGCCCUGGCUGAUCCCCGGAGCUCUGCUCGUGCUGCUGCUGCCCGGCCGCGCCGCCGCCGCCGCCUCGGCCCUGGACCUGCGGACGUUCGUGGGCUGCGCCGUGAGGGAGUUCACCUUCCUGGCCAGGAAACGCGGCUGCCGCGGCCUCCGGGUCACCACCGACGCCUGCUGGGGACGCUGCGAGACCUGGGAGAAACCAAUCCUGGAGCCUCCUUACAUCGAGUCCCACCACCGGAUCUGCACCUACAACGAGACCCGGAUGGUGACGGUGAAGCUGCCCAGGUGUGCCCCUGGCGUGGACCCCUUCUACACCUACCCGGUGGCCAUCCGCUGUGACUGUGACAUCUGCUCCACUGCCACCACCGAGUGUGAGACCUACUGACCUCCCCUCCCAGCUCAGGCAAGGAGGGGACGAAUUCUCCCCGGCUUCACACCCUUGGUACCUCCAGCAUUCUGGAGGGUGUAAAGCAGCCCAGAAUUUGAUCUCUCCCUGUAAUGCUCCUGCUCACUGACUUUUUUGGGCAGAUGAGGCUUAACCACCUCUCCUCACACUGCUCAAAGCAUUAUUGCUGUAGAAACCCACAGCCUCACAAUAUCA